GAAUAUGCAACACCCCUUAAGCCUAGAGUGGGCAAACGUAUGUAUAAAGUACGCCAACUGCAAAUAAAAUUGCUUUGCACCAUUCCAUUGUUGUUUCACAAUUAUGAGCCCAUACCUAUUCCUUCAACAUUGUUUCAGCUAACACAGUGAUAAAAUGCGUCGUCAUACAUGGAGGUGGUCAGCAGUAAUAUAAAGAAAAGUAGGCUAGAUGAGAAAAAAUUGAUGUUGUGUGCAAAAAAAUGACCCAGAAUACAAGCUAGCGGCACAAGCCCACAAUAAGGCAAUUAUCUAUAAGAUAAUUGGUAAUCAAAUAAGUGGUUGGCUGGCAUCUGAUACAACUGUGCUGUUUAAUGUUUUGAAUAGGCCGUUACUGUGGGGAACAUCUGUCCUUGGCAACAAAAUGAUCUGGCUAUUUUCUGGUUGGGAUAGAACUGACCAAAACUAGGAAGCAUUUCAGUGUCUCUGUCUCCUAAGUUUUCAGAUGAGACAUAAAGUUCCAAAGGUAUUCUCAUUGGAAAGAUGGAAUGGAAAUUCGUAGGAGCCUGUUUCUUUGUAAUAUGGAUGGGUAAGACGAACAGUCUUGAGAGUAGAAGCAAUUUAUGUAGACCUCGACGCUCUUAUACUUUAGACUGUGCUCAUCAGAUGGGCGUAAGUCAAGGUGGAUGCAGUGCUGUAAUUGAAAGAAACAAUACAGCAUGCUGGGAUAUGAGUUUUCCUUCAUGGAACAGUCCACCCUUCAGUGGAAGACAUUUCAAGCUAAAAACAUACUGCUACAAUAAUGGUGCUUAUCAACGGACAGGCCUUAAUGCUACCAUAAACUCUGGAAGUUGGACAGAAGCUGCCUUUAGAUUCAAAAUUGAGGGGAAGAAUUAUGUUUCCUGCAUACAAUUUAUCCAUAAUGCUAGUAUAAAUGACAACUUUAUGUUGUUUUAUGACUGCAUAUGGCAUGAAAAUGAUCUUUAUGGAGAACAAAUGAAAGUAGACUACUUCCUGAAAGACCAGAACAGAGAUACUAUGGAAUUUGGAAGUUUCCACUUUAUUCUUCCACAGUGUCACUUUAAUGAGAUUGGAGAUCAUGUUUUAGAUAUUUCAAGACAUCAAACUUUUAUCUAUGUUGAUGAAAAAGCAUCGUCAUUUUCAACAGUCCAUAUCCAGAAAAUGCCUGUGGAUUACCAAGUCAGCUCUUACAUUAUAAAAAAAUGUCACACUUGUCAAAGUAAUUUAAACAAAACUGUUGAAUGUUCAAACGCAUACUGUACUACUGAAGAAAAAAUCAAGACAGAUAUAAAUGAGGAAGAGAUUGUGUUAAAAGUACCAAAUAGUAGAAAUGAGACUUGCUUCUAUGUCACUGUAGAAGCUGUUUGUCAUAAUUGCUCUACCAGUAACUGGUGUGUGGCUCGGUCUGUUUUGUUGAUACCAAGCAAGACAGGUCUCACAGCUCUUCCUUUCAUUGUGGUUCCAUUGUGUUUCUUAAUUGUGUUGGCAUUCUCAUACAUAUAUUGCACCACAAAGCACAGAACAGUGGAUGGUAACAGCUACAGGCGCCCAACAGUCCUCCUUGUCUACAACCCAGUGCAUGAUAUGCAUGUCCAAAUAAUUAUGGGUGUUGUGAAACUUAUGACUCACUGUUGUGGAAUUGAUGUGUUGUUUGCUGACACUGAUAUAGCAAAAUCAAAAGAAAAGAAUCCAUUGGUUUGGUACAACAGGGCAGUUUCAGAGGUGGACUACAUUGCAGUUGUUUCUGCACUGUCAUCUCUAAGUAAAAGCUGUUCUACUUAUAACAAUAUUUUUCAAAUUGGUAUGACAGUUGUAGAGGAAACAAUAAAGAAAAGCCCUUCAGCUGUUAAAUUUUUUAAUAUUAGUUUUCCAUAUAAUUUGAAAAAUGAUGUCCCAAUUAAAACAAAGUGUCAUGAAAAUUUCCAUUUGAUGAAACAGUUUGAUGAUAUGGUUAUAUAUGUACACAAAAGUGUGAGUGGUGUAAGAGGACAACCUUUAAAAUUAAAAGUGCCUAAAAGAGUGAAUAGAUGGACAGGAUACAAGUCUCUUCCAGAUUAUUUAGAGCUGUGUAAGAACAUUGAGACCAUGAAGAAAUUAAUUGCACAAGAAGAAAGUGUUAGCUUAAUUAAUACAGAGGAUAAUUUUGUUAUGAGUGCUUUUCUUGAGAGAACAGUACCUGUUCAUAAUAUUGCUGAACAUAUUAGUAAUAUCACAGAGAGAUCAGUUUCUGCUCCUGCCCAUAAUAUUGCUGAACAUAUUAGCAAUAUAACAGAUGUUCCUGUGAAAGAAUCAAGAAGUCAUUUAGAUCAAGAAUACCAGAGCUUGCAAGAACUACUUCAAAGAAAUGAACACAGUACCCAUUCCUCAAGAGAAACUGUUGAUGGAGAUUCUAAGCAUCUUAUAAAUACACAUGCUUUCUCAAGAGAUGCUUUUGUUACUUCUGUAGAUAAAUUUCUUGACCUGGAUGGAUUACUGUAAACUCCCAUAACCCACAAUCCAUUCCAUUUAAGGCCAGUACAAUACCAAAGAAAUGUUUCUCAAAUUUAAUGUUCACCAUGUAGCUUAGAUUCAUGCUAAUUUCUUAUUGUACAUAUCCUGAUCCCACAUGUGGUUACUUCCACAUUGUAGUGUUGCAUGUAGAUUCUGCAUAGCUUUUAAAGAAAAUUAAUUUAUAUUUGUGUCCAAUUGUGUCUCCUUUCAUCUUCAUUAAUACAAAAGAGGAAGCCUGAAUAUUGUUUGCCACUAAUAACAAUCUCUAUUUCGUCAUUGUUUCAUACUCAUCAGCCAUAGACUUUCUGGUUAUACUUAGAUAUCCAGUAGGCAAUGUAAGAUUUUAUUAAUGUCUCAUGUGAAUUAUAUCAACUAUAGUUUUGAAAUUACUGUCAAAUGCAUGUUUCAAAGAGAUUUUUAAAUUUAAAAAAUACAAAUCUUUGAAUUGUGAUGGCAUUUCUCCUAUUUUUCAGUUCAUUUUUACUCUGUUAUGGUUUUGGACUUUAUUCUUAAAUGGUUUGAAUUUUUGCAUUAUUUUUAUUUAUUUAUUUUGCUCAGUUUGUUCAGUCACAAUAUCACACUAAAAAUAUAAACAAAUUUUGUCUCAAAUAAGUAACAGUUCAAACAAAGCACACCGCAUGCAAAACUUUAAGCACCACAUACACAUACAGAACUCUCCAACUUGAACAAAUUUCUGUUAACAGCAUUUUUUAAAAAGUAUAUAAAAUAUAUUUUGCACCAAUAGUAGAGUGAUAUAGUCACAGAAGCAAUGUGUUUUACUGGCUAAAUGAUAAAAAUAAAGUAGUAAUUGUAUUAACUUGUUGUUAAAUGAGUUUCUAGAUGGAAUAUGGGAAAACAUCAGCAAACUGGAGUCUGUUAGAAUUAGCUUUACAUUGGUAGGGUAACAUGAUUUUAGCAGUUUGAGGUUAAAAAGUAAUUUUUAUGUAUGUGGUUUAUUCUUAAACAAGGAAGCACAUGAUUUAAAUUUUCCAAUGAACUAUUGUCACAACCAGGAAACCUGAUGCUGUUUAUGUUCAACUCAUGAAGGUGAACCAAAAAAAUGCCGUGAUUGCAUUGCAUACUGAUUAUUGAUAUUAUGAUAUUCCUAGUGCAUCUAUAGAUCUGAGCUCUCUACAUACUUGUUACUGUACAUCUGUUUUGGCAUUUUGUAUAUGUUUUGUUCUUUAUUAUAUUAAGAAAAUUGUGGCAUGAGAGUGUUAUGUGAAUAAUGUUAUUGUUUAUGGCUGUUUGCUUGGCAAGAUUAUCAAUUUUCUUGUCAAGUUCUUUACUAUAGUGACCUUUUACCACAGGAAGUUUAUUAUUACAUCUCUCCUAUAAUAUUUUUCUAGUUUUUGAGCAAUAUUUAUGGUGUAAACAGCAGAAGUGUUGUUUCAUUUAUGGUUCUGAAAAGCGAAUUGUAUGCAAUAGUAAUUUCUUAUGCAUAUGUGUUUUUUGGGUACAAAUUUCUUUCGCUGCAGCUGUAAAUGCUGUAGUAUACUUGUAAACAGAUUGUGGAAAUAUAUAUUUUUCUUGUUUUACAGGUGUAGUACAACUGUUGUAGAUUACCAGUGGAAUGCUCCCAAUUUCUGUUUUAUCAUUGAAGGUGGCAUAAUUUGAACUGAUAUUGGGUUUCUAGGUAUUAUGUUCAUUCAUAUAAUUAACUGGAAGUAGUUUCAGAGAGUUUAUAUACUGUUGAUCAAAUACUGACACUAGUUUAAUCAAAGAGAAAAUAUUUUCAUGCUAUAUACUAUCAUAUAUCAUGGGGUAUUUGUGUCCUGCACUAAAUAUGUAAUAGCUUAGUGCAGUUUUAUCACUUAUAAUGUCCUAAAAACAUCUACCUGCUAGUAUUAGUUUCUUUAUAUGCAGUGGUUUUUCUUUGACAUCCACCAGCAGAGCAUUUCCUGUGGUAAAUCUCAAAGCUCCCACAAGUGUGUGUGUAAUCAAACUGUAAUAUAUCCAGUUUUUCCAAAACAUUUUGGUUUUUACUGUAGCAUAAGUACUAUAAUGCAGAGUACAUCCAUGUUACGUUUGGAGCUUAUUACUGAGAUGUAAAAUAUUAUAAUUUGGGGGUGUUUACCAAAGUCAAAUUAUUGAUUCAAUAAAUUGCUGAUUUUAUUACAAUUAUUUAUAAGUUUAAAAAUAUAAGGGAUCUAUCUCAAUUGAGAGCCAAAUAUCACUCCCAGCAGAUGAAAGUGAAAUAUUGUACAUAAUAUGUCAUCUCCAAUCAACAUAUGACUUUGGGCACUAGUAAAUGAUUUGUCAAAUACAACUGCUGUGGGUUUUAUUGCUGGUAUAUUCAGACCAAUAUCCAAGAAGAGUUUGUGAUGGGAUGAUUAUAUUAGCUAUGAUACAUGUUGUUGUAGAUCUGUGUGAGGUGCAACAAAUUGUAGAUAAGUUGAUAUAUGAACAGUAAUCAGUACAAGAACAGUAGACUACAGAAAAGUGGAGGGUUAGUGUUAGUAUGUCACAGUAGGUGUUGAUAGCUUGCACUGAUCAUUUGUGAUGAUCACUUCCACAGAUGGUGAUACAGAGAACAGUGAAACAAAUGUAGUUCCAUGUGGCUGGUCAUGACAUAGUUCAAAAUAAAGUUCAGAAUACAGUGAAAUUAUUGUAAAUUCCAUACCGAGAUAGUCAUAAUUGCAAAACAGAAACAAGCAGGGUCAGGCACUGAAAAACCAUUUAGUACAUAGAUAAAAUAUCAUGUACCAAAUGAGAGAGUCACUGAUGGGCAACCAGUCAUUGUUUUCAUCAGUGGUGCAGUGGUAUUGUGUCAGUGCCCAUGCGCACCUCACAUGCUGACUGCACUUUUCAUGGAACUGUGCCUUUACUUAAUGGCUAUACAGCCAGAGGUUCUUAAAUUGGGUGACUGUAAUGAUACUUGGGUUCAGCAGAGAAUCUGAACAACUAUUGGAUGAAAAGGACCAGUUACACGUCAUCAUGAUCAGUAAGUUUGGGUACUGGUGCUGGCACUAUGAGCAUAGUGCUAGCUGAUCAUAUGUGUUUGGAGUGCUGUCUGAUCCUGCCUGCAAGGGAGCAGGUGUCAGUAGUAGUCAAGAGGGGAGGAAUAGUCUUACCUCAGUUGGUAGUUCAUAAUUUUGUCAACAGAGCACCACUGUCUUUUUCGAGCUGAAUAGGGGGUUGUGACUAGAGCCUGAAGUGACUUAUGGAGUGAAGAUUUUUUCACCUCUAUUGGCUCCCAUCUUUGCACACUGUUGACCUCCAGCUUGUAAUGCAACUGGUCAGAGCCUUAUUUUCACUAGAACUGGAACAAACAACACGUGCAAACAACUAGAGUACUCCGUGCAAAUAACUAGAGUACUCGACACAUACAAAUACUCAGAGUAUCCAAUACUCUAAGAUGACUAGAUCACACUAUACACAGACAUUUCCCUGCAAUUAUAAAAAUAUUUACUUCUUAUUUUUCUAGUAAAGAGACCAUAAAAAUACAUGGUCAGCAAGUAUCACAACUAACUAUGCGUUUUCUAAG